AUGUCUCGAAGUUCCACCCCUACACAAGCCGAUUUCGAUGCCACAAGGGCCGAGGAGGAAGCACGAAUUAUCCACAAGGCGGGCUCGCGUAUUGAGAAGCAUGUUGCUGUUCUAGCCGCAACAUCCAGGGCUAGGUUCCAACAACAUCCGGAUGAUAUGGAACAUAUCAUAGCUAUUCGCGGAGGCAGGGCAAGCGGUCGAGUCUCGCCGACGGAUAUGUUUCUAAAAAACAAGGCUCUAAAUUCGGAACGAAAGGGUUGCCAAGACCGACAACGCUGCAUCAGAGCUGCAGCAAAAUCUCUCGCGUCUAAGUAUAACGACGACAAUGAUGAUGAGCUGGAAGCUCCUGGUACAGUCCGUCGGAAGAUACCAGUUACCGCUCGCAGAGUAGCUCCGCCGGCCCCCUCAACCGACGACGACGACGAGCAACAGGAAAUUGCCUCUAGUCGUCGCAAACCAAAGGCUACCAGUAUCAAGGAUAUCACCGGGUUGUUUCGAAAGCUUAAGUUGAGCGUCGGCGAUGAACGAAAGGCGGAAAGGAAGAAGCACGGGAAACGGGCAUGA